GCGGGGCCGGGGGGCCCGGUGCCAGCCCUGCCUGCACCGGGGAUGCAUCCUGCCUGGUGCAUGGCCCCCGGAGGAGGCACAUGGGCCUGGCAGUGCCCCUCACAGUGCUUUGUCACGCUGUGGCCAGUGCAGGGUGACAUCAGAUGCGGCAGUCGGGACCAUCCCUUGAGAUGCCGGGGCAACCGGGGGAACUGAUUUUGUCUCCUUGUCCCAGUGGUGCCCAGCCACGUCCCUGCAUUUUUUGGCCAGGAGCACUCUCCUCAGCAUAACCCGUUCGUUCCAGCUUUGCUACGGAAGCACCUGGGACAUUCCAGAGUAAAGCCAUGGAGGGGACAGGGGCACCUACAGGAUGGCACCUAGCUCCAAGGGGAGAGUUGUGUCCCGAGACAGGGAAUGCAGCAGAUGGGCCAAGGAGCGUUCAGGCCCCGCCCUGGGAGCCACCUCUGGGGGAUCUUGGCUUGGGACGCUGGGGCACAGGGGCUUCCCUGCACCCCAGGGAAGCUGGGGAAGGAGGUGCAACAUGUGGCUGCAGACUUGGAGUUGCCCCUGCACCCCGCUGGGGGACAUCGCUCCCUGAGACCCUGAUCACUGCUCUGCUGGGGCCAUGCACGGCAGGGACCAGACUCCCCUGUGCGUGUCAGGGCAGCAGACGCUGGGCAGGGGUGUUGGAGUGAAUGACUACAAUGGGCCCAGCAUGGUGCCCCACACCCCGCCGUGUCCCCAUGGGACCUGCCUGCCCAUCCUGCCCCUCAUGGCCCCACUCACCGGGGCUGCUCUGGGGCUGCAUGUCCCAGCUCAGUGCAGGCAGUGGGCUGAGGAGCCAGCGCAGGGCCAGGGGGUGGCUGCACCCAAGGACCCUGCGCUAAUGGAUUUGGAGUUUCCAAGGUCAGGCUCCCACUGCAAGCAAGAAAAACAUUCCCAGGGAAGGGCCAUGGGAAAGGGGCCCCCCCGUGGCACUCCCAGCCCCAGCCACUGCCUCACGGCCCAGCCUGGCAUCCCAGGCUGCUUGUGUGGGGAGGUGGCUGUGUGCCCCUGAGGAGAGGUGCUGGGCGAAGGCUGGGCCACUCCAGCUGUCACAUCUCUUGGAAGGGGUGCGUGGGGUGGCGAGGGUACCUGGCUGUGUGUGGAGAGGAUGGGAGAGGGGGUCAUGCAUGGUGUGCAGGAGGUGUUGCAGGGUGCUGCAGGGUGAGGGAGGGAGUAGCAUGCUUUUGCAGGGGCAGGGAAGAGGUGUGCCAGCUUCCAGCUGGCCAGCUCGAUGCCCACCCCCUCCCCUCUGCAUGGGCGCUGACCCCCACCUCUGCACUUGCAGCCAGCAUGGAGCAGCGAGCGGGGCCACCAGAGCCGAGACCUGCAGGACCCACCACACACCCACAGCCCAAGGAGGGAAUGCUGUGGGGGCUCCUCGCUAUCCUCUCGCUGCUGGCUGGGCUGGCCACAGGCACCCUGCGAACACCACACUGCAAUGAGACGCUGGACGCGUCCCCCACGCCGCGGGGCAUGGCCACCACCAGCCCGGCUGUGGAGGGUGGCGUGGAGGUACCGCUCACCGCUGCCUGGAGCCAGCUGUAUGGGGACAACGUGACGACGGGUGGCCUGGGCGCUGCGGAGCUGGCGGAGGACCUGCUGCUGCGUGCCGAGCGCUCCCCGCCAGGCACCAGCAAAGGCAAGAAGAGGUUACAGAAAUCCUCACGGGCAGCCCGUGGGCGCAACUGCCACAUCCGCAACCUGAUGGUGAAGGUGCGUGACCUGGGCCUGGGCUUCAACUCAGAUGAGAUUGUGCUCUUCAAGUACUGCAGCGGAUCCUGUCACCGGGCGCGCAGCAACUAUGACCUGACGCUGGGCAGCCUGCUGCGGCAGCAGCUCAUCACCCCGGGGCCGCAGGAGCGGGUCCUCAGCCACCCCUGCUGCCGGCCCACCCGCUACGAGGCCGUCUCCUUCAUGGACGUGCAGAACACGUGGCAGACGGUGGAGAAGCUCUCGGCGGCCGAGUGCAGCUGCAUCGGCUGAGGAGGGGGCCGCCGGCUCGGCCCCGGCUCGACACACGCCCGUAGACCCCAGCUCGCGGGCAGACCCCAGCUCGCCAGGCGUGGUGGCACCGGCACUCAGAGGAAGGGUCUGGCAGAGGCCGGUGCUCCCGGUUUUACGUGGCCACAAAGGACUGAGGCGAGAUGGAGCCGCGAUGGGGGGUGGGCGGCUGAGCCCCCUCCCGCUCAGUGCCAAGCAGCUGGUGCCACUGGCUACGCGGGGUCCUGCCCGGGUGCGCCCCGGCUCAGCCCUGGGAGAGGAGCCGGGUGGGGUACGGAGCACCCCUGCAGCUCGCAGGGCUCUGC